GGCUGCAGCUGCACCUCAAGGAAAGGAUGGCGGCUUUGGAGGAGAAGAACACUUUGUUACAAGAGCUGGAAAAUACCCAAAAGCAGAUAGAGGAGCACCAGCACGACAAGCGACGGCUGUCAGACGAGAUCGACAAGCUGAGGCUGGAGGUCGAUCAGCUCAAGACCAGGAGCGGGACGUUUGUGGACAGCGUGCACACGAGGUCCCACAUGGGCAGCACCACGGAGCUGCGCUUCCCACUGAGCACCGUAGUCCAUGGCCCUGCUGAGAGCUUCGGGACAGCCCCAGGUCUUCCUCGGGCACAGAAGGGUCGAUUCCCUGCCCGACGAGAGGAGCCAGCCAAGGACUGGGAGCAGGCCCAGGCGGGCAGUGUCCUGGCCACGGGGCCUCAUGCAUUUGACAGCGACCCCGAGAUCUCCGAUGUGGACGAGGACGACCGUGAGACACUCUUCAGCUCCAUGGAUGUGCUCUCUCCCAGCGGGCACUCGGAUGCCCAGACAUUGGCCAUGAUGCUCCAGGAGCAGCUGGAUGCCAUCAAUGAGGAGAUCAGGAUGAUCCAAGAGGAGAAGGAGUCCACUGAGCUUCGUGCCGAGGAGCUGGAGACCCGCGUGACAAGUGGCAGCAUGGAGGGCCUGAACCUCACCCAGCUCUGCAAAAGGGCCUCCAUCCCCACCUCGCUGACAGCCCUGUCCCUGGCCAGCUCGUCCCCGCCGCUCAGCGGGCGCUCCACUCCCAAGCUGUCCUCCCGCAGCGCUGCUCAGGACCUCGACCGCAUGGGGAUCAUGACGCUGCCCAGUGACUUGAGGAAGCAUCGGAGGAAACUGCUUUCACCUGCAGCUCGGGAUGAGAGCCGAGAAGAUAAAACCACCAUCAAAUGUGAGACGUCUCCACCGUCCUCACCCAGGACACUGCGGCUGGAGAAGUUGGGCCACCCUGCACUGAGUCAAGAGGAUGGCAAGAGCUCGCUGGAGGAGCAGGCCAGCAACCCCAGCAGCAACAGCAGCCAGGACUCCCUGCACAAGGGCUCCAAGAGGAAGGGGAUCAAAUCCUCCAUCGGGCGCUUGUUUGGGAAAAAAGAGAAGGGUCGCUUGAUUCAGCUGAGCAGAGAAGGGGCCACAGGGCAGGUAGUGCUGCUGACCGACACAGAGGUGGGCAUGCAGGACCCCCUGGGACUCGGCAAGCUGGGGGCUCAGGCCGAGAAGGAUCGACGCCUGCGGAAGAAGCACGAACUCUUGGAAGAGGCUCGGAGGAAAGGACUGCCCUUUGCUCACUGGGAUGGCCCAACCGUUGUCUCCUGGCUCGAGCUCUGGGUGGGGAUGCCAGCCUGGUACGUUGCUGCUUGCCGAGCCAACGUGAAGAGCGGGGCCAUCAUGUCGGCCUUGUCCGACACUGAGAUCCAGAGGGAGAUUGGCAUCAGCAAUGCCCUGCAUCGCCUGAAGCUGCGCUUGGCCAUCCAGGAGAUGGUGUCGCUCACGAGCCCGUCGGCGCCACCCACGUCACGGACAUCCUCCGGAAAUGUCUGGGUCACCCAUGAAGAGAUGGAGAAUAUGGCAACUUCCACAAAGACGGACACGGAGGAAGGCAGCUGGGCGCAGACGCUGGCUUAUGGGGACAUGAACCAUGAAUGGAUUGGGAAUGAGUGGCUGCCCAGUCUGGGCCUCCCGCAGUAUCGCAGCUAUUUCAUGGAAUGUCUUGUUGAUGCUCGGAUGCUGGACCACCUCACCAAGAAAGACCUCAGAGUGCACCUGAAGAUGGUGGACAGCUUCCACCGCACCAGCCUGCAGUAUGGCAUCAUGUGCCUGAAGAGGCUCAACUAUGACCGCAAAGAGCUCGAGAGGAGGCGAGAAGAGACCCAGCAUGAAAUCAAAGAUGUGUUGGUGUGGACCAAUGACCAGGUCAUUCACUGGAUCCAGUCCAUCGGGCUCCGCGAGUAUGGGAACAACCUCACUGAGAGCGGGGUGCACGGGGCACUCUUGGCCCUCGAUGAAAACUUUGACCAUAAUAGCCUGGCACUGGUGUUGCAGAUACCCACGCAGAACACCCAGGCUCGACAGGUGCUGGAGAGGGAAUUCAACAACCUGCUCGCCUUGGGCACUGAUCGGAGGCUGGAUGAUAGUGAUGACAAGACCUUCCGGCGAACCCCAUCCUGGCGGAAGCGCUUCCGUCCCCGGGACGUUCACAGCAUCAACAUGCUGAGCGGCUCGGCCGAGACGCUGCCCGCUGGCUUCCGCGUCACCAGCCUGGUUCCCUUGCCACCUCCAGCGGCCCCCGCCAAGAAAAUGUCCCCAGAAGUUGGUGCCUCUGGGUCACCAAGACUGGAGACCUCCACAGUCCGGACAUACUCCUGCUGAGGGUCAGCGUGACAGGAGCCAGCCCAGCCCUGGCACAUCCGCACUCUCCGUAUGGCCACAUGCCGACUGCCUUCUGGGGCUAGGCCAGCGGCCGGCCCGUGCCUGUUCCUUGGCCCAAAAUGAUGGACCCUGCAGCCCCACCACUUUGGGGCCAUGUGGACCGAAAAGGUUGCUCUUCCUUCUGCUUGUGCACCCAUCUUUCCACCCUGGCUCCCCGUGGCUGCUCCCCACUCCUGUCUGUGGCUUCUCUGCCCACCUUCC